UCUCCAUUUCCAUUCCCAGGGAACCACCAAAGCCUCCUGCCGGUAUGAAUGAGCCUUAUCUGGAUAAUUCCUCUGUCAGAGAAUGUGGUGAACCGCAUGAAGGACCCCUGCCAGCCCUCAGUCUGCCCGCAGCCCAGCCCUCCGUACUGCACGUGCACCCCUGCAGAAGGCGACUCCAGAGCCCCUCCGAGAGAAUCCAAGCUGCCCCAGUUCGACACCAAUGGUGAGCAGCAGCCCUCCCAGCCCUUGAAGGAGGAUCUCAAGAGGUUCCAGCAGGAGCAGGCGUCCAUGCAGGAGGAGCUGUUCCAGGUGGUGAAGAGGGAGCGCGAGGCCGCCGCCAAGCACCUCAAGGCGCCCCCGCCCCGGGAGGAGACCUGCACUGACCCCGAGAAGCCCAAGUCGGCCCAGCUGGUGCGGGAGCUGGAGAGCAGUUUACUCAUCUGUAGCAUCAAGCAGAACCCCACCCCACCCCCGAGGGUACGAGGACCCAACAAGGAGCCGGUCCUGCAGCAGCUGUCCCUGAGUGCCGCCUGCCUGCGCACCCGGCUCUGUUCCGGGCCCCGAGGUUGUGUGUGGUCAUCGCCUGGCAUCUUGAUCGUGGCGGCAGGGAUCACAUCGGGUGCUCCACCACCUGUGUCCUCGUGCGCCUCUGAGUUGACUAGCCGCAGCAUGGAUUUAGACAUGGCAUCCCCAAGAGCUCCAGGUGAGGCCGAGCAUCAUGGCCGAAAGGACCUGGUGGAGGGAAGCAGUGGGGAUUGA